AUGUCGGAUCCCCUAAGCUACACUGUUGGAUGGAUAUGUGCCCUCCCGACCGAGUACGGCGCGGUACAGGCGUUGUUCGACGAGAAACACGACAGGCCAAGAUAUGUUUCCCGGCGCGACAGCAACGACUACGAACUGGGUAGGAUCGGCCCCCACAAUAUUGUCGCAGCCGUGUUUCCCGCCGGGGAAUACGGACCCGUCUGCGCUGCAACGGUCGCCAGCGAUAUGCUCAGUACCUUUACCAAUGUGAGGGUCGGCUUGAUGGUCGGCAUAGCCGGGGGUGCGCCUCGAGCCGAGCACGACGUCCGCCUUGGAGACGUCGUCGUUGGCGUGCCGAGAACCCUGUUCGACGCAAGGCCCCCCGGCGAUCCUACAAGCGACCAGCAGGCCGGCAAUGAUGAUAUCGGGACUUCAGCAGUAGAAGACGAAACUCCUCCGAUCCUCCAAUCCGCAGUAACUACGCUCAGAGCUCACUACGACGCCAACGGGCAUCAGCUCCGGAGAGCCAUCGACGAGGCACUGGAGAAAUGGCCAAGACUAAAGAAGAAGUACCAGCGACCAGACGACAGUACCGACCAACUGCAUCAGCCCCAGUCCCCCAGUCUUGAGACUGCUGAAGAUGGACACGCCAUACAGCAACAAAGUGACGAACCGGCGACACUCGUCCAGCGACCCGAGCGAGCGGUAAAGGGCGAGCCGGCGAUUCAUUACGGCGCAAUCGGGUCCUCGAGCUUGCUUCUCAGGAACGGGCCUUUCCGCGAGAGAGCUGCAGAAAAAAUCGACGUUUUGUGCUUUGAGAUGGAAUCGGCAGGCCUGAAUGGCAUAUUCCGCUGCCUCGUGGUACGCGGCAUCUCCGACUACUGCGACGUUCACAAGAACAACCAGUGGCAGGGCCAUGCCGCCAUGGCUGCUGCGGCGUACGCCAAGGACUUGUUGUGCCAAAUCUCGCUCGAAGACAUGGAAAGUCAGAGGAGGAUGAGGGACGUGCUCUUUGGCUCGCGUAGGAGAGCGUUUUGACUUCGUACUUGAUCCGGAUCAUCGAGACUGGAGCUUGGGUCCACAAAAAAGUCUCCAACUUGGCUCUGUAGCAGCUUUCUGAGGCUUUGCUUGACGAUACCAGUCGUCAGAAAACAGCUGAUUGCAGGUUGACCUCGUCCUCCAAAACAUGGGACUGCACUGCUGCAUGCACGGUGCAGAGGGAUUGAUAGGUAUCAACCCAAGCAAGCUGCAUGUGCGCUUCUAUGCGCAACGUUUCUAAUGGCAACUAUGGCUCAGCACAUUGUAUUUCGUCAAGUUACCUGCUAUUCUCAUUGCAUGAACUUACUAGACAUUGUCUGGAUUGUGGUGUGGUAUGCGUUUAUUCACAGGGCCAUCAGGAGCCGUGCUGCAUUUGGCGGGCCCAAACAUGAGCCAUCGAUAACGGAAGAGUCCUCUUCGGAUCUAGACUUGGGCGUGAAAGUAUCACGAGCAAUCGCCUCAAAGCA